AUGACAAACUACACAGCUCGCCGCCGUGGUGCGCCGUCGAGUCACGGCCGUCGUCGUCUCUGCCGAUCCCCUUCGUCGUCUUCCAGUGGCUCAUCGUUUGAUCUGCCACCGCUCUCCCCUGAGCUCGAUCACAAACUGGCCAUUGCGCCGAGCAUAGAGUACGAUGAAGAUUCCGACGUCCCGCGGUGGCGUGGACGGCUGCAGCCAAGACCUUCCAUGAUGAACUCGCCAAAGAGACCCACACAAAAUGCACCUAUACAACGGCAGCAGCAGUCGUAUUCUGACGACGAUGAAUCAGACGCAUCUAUGGAGGACUCUGAUGCCGAUUAUGAGAUGUCUGAGAGCGGUGAAUCAGCAAUCGAUGCCGAUAAGAGGAGCUUGAAGGUGAUAUCGCACGACGCCACAGCUCAUCGUCGUGAUAUCAAAGCGUACGACUUGGAUUUUGCGAUGGACUACAAGUUCAAGCGCGGGGAAACCGCCUUGGUAAAAUGCUUCGGAAGAUGGUAUCACGGACAGAUCCUCAAGCCAUACAGAGAUUCACAGAGACCACAGGCGAGUAUGGGUGUAUCUGUUCCAUCAUACGACGUCUUCUUCCGUGAUGAGUGGAACAGGCUGAGAGCCGUAGCAACGCCACUUGACGGCUGUCUGAAACCGGAUACACUGGAAUUCCGACAAUUGUUUGAGGAAGCAGGGGUCGAGAUCUAUUCGCGAUGCUGA